GGCGGUCCUCUGCCACCGAGUUCUAUAAAAGGAAGUAAAAUCAAAUGCUUGUCGCCAUAGCCACGAUGUCAUCACAAUAUGAGGAACGGAUACUUGUGGGUGUGGCCGUCACCUGCUCUCUAUUCGCAAUUAUCGCCUGCUUGAUUACUUUUCCUGAUCUAGUAAACGAAAUGAACGAUGUUCAUGCCAUGGUAAACAGUGCAGUGCAAUCAUUUCGGGUCGAUACCGAUGUGGCAUGGAACAGGGUGAUGGAAGUAAAGUUUGCCGUAGCUCCACGAGUACAAACCGCAUCUGAAGCGCUGAAGUCGAUAUUUCGAGUGAAAAGGCGUAGCGCAAUCUACGCUGGAUUACCAGACUUUUGCAUAUGUGAACCGAUAGAGCCCAAAUGCCCACCUGGACCACCUGGGCCAGCUGGGCCGCCUGGUGAGAAAGGCGAACCUGGACCACAAGGACCGCCCGGAAAAGAUUAUGAACCACCACCCGAAUGCCCUACUCCAGAACCCCAAAAGGAGUGCAUCAAAUGCCCUCCAGGGCCUCCAGGGCCGCCUGGACCAGAUGGACCACCUGGAUGCAAAGGUCCAGCUGGAAUGCCCGGAAGAGACGGUGAACAAGGCAAGCCAGGACCUGAGGGACCUCCAGGCCCAAGUGGCGACAUAGGCGAGAUUGGUGAGCGUGGACCUGAUGGACCACCUGGCCCGCCGGGUAAAUCAGCCUUAAAGAGAACUAAGGGUAAGCCAGGACCUCCUGGACCAGCUGGCUGUGCGGGACCAGCGGGAAAGCCAGGACCGGAUGGAAAACCGGGCCCUCCGGGAGAAACCGGGCCACCAGGUGAAAUGGGUAAACCAGGUCGCCAAGGUCCCCCUGGACCUGAUGGCAAAGAUGGCAAGCGCGGUGAACAGGGACCUCCAGGACCCGAUGGACAUUAUUGUCCCUGUCCACCACGUACCAUUCCUCUGUUCAUUGCUCCUCCAUCUACUCCCGAGACUACCACACCUGCUGCACCUGGAACUAGUCCUUCCGCUUCCGAAGCAAGUUCUCAUACUCCCGUGUAUGAAGUAACGUCCACAGCAUCCGAAAGCUUGUCCUCCACAGCAUCCGAAGGCUUGUCCUCCACAACAUCUGAAAAUUUGUCCUCCACAGCAUCCGAAAAUUUGUCCUCCACAGCAGCCGAACAUAUGUCCACCACAGCAUCCGAAGCGGUUUCCUCUACUGCACCUGAGACUACUUCUUACGGUGCACCGGGAAGCACUCCUCCUUCUGCUUAUUCCGAAACUACUGCUCUCAGCAAUGCAACCGAAUCGACACCACCUGCUAAUCCAUAUGAGUAA